AUGGGCAAGGAUCCUAUGGUGAUGGUAAAGGAGGUGAAGGAGGUCUCGGCGGCUUUGCUCGAGGCUGAGGUCUUGAAAGCGUCAAUGAAGGCCAAUAAGGCUUUGGUGGUCUCUUCCAAGGUUGAGACCGCCCUGGCCUUCAGUAACUCAUUGGUAUCUAGGUACUUGAUUAUGUCCAUAACCCAUUCUGGAGCUCCUAGCCUUACUUCUGAGACUUCGACCUUUAUUGCAGGCACUUUUACCGUCUUGACCACUGUUUGCUCUAGUAAGGACUUGGGCACAGCUGCUCAGACAGACAAAGACUACAAGGAGCCACCCCCAGCUCCUUUGUUUGAGCCAGGGAAGCUUUCCUCAUGGUCCUUCUAUAGGGCUGGAAUUGCAGAGUUCGUGACUACGUUCUUGUUCCUCUACAUCACCAUCUUGACUGUUAUGGGUGUGGGCAAGUCUGAAAAGUGUAAAAGUGUGGGUAUCCAAGGAAUUGCUUGGGCUUUUGGUGGUAUGAUCUUUGCCCUUGUCUACUGCACGGCCGGUAUCUCAGGUGGACACAUCAAUCCUGCUGUGACCUUUGGACUCCUCUUGGCAAGGAAACUCUCUCUCACAAGAGCUCUAUUCUACAUCAUCAUGCAGUGCCUUGGAGCCAUAUGUGGGGAAAUUAAAUUACUGAUUUUGUAA